CUCAUUUCUCUCUCUCACCUCUCUCUCACCUCUCGUUCUCUCACCUCUCUCUCAUUUCUCUCUCACUUCUCUCUCCUCUCUCUCAUUUCUCUCUCACUUCUCUCUCUCAUUUCUCUCUCUCCCUCUAGGUAUAUUAGGAGGGUUGUUGAGGGCUAAGACUCUGUGUGCCUCUGCUGUCCAGAAGACCUCGUCUCACUACAACAUGCACAGCCUGUAUGGACUUCUAGAAGCGAAGGCCUCGGCACGUGCCCUGAAGCGUAUGUUAGGGAAGAGAGCGUUUGUGAUCUCUCGCUCCACCUUCCCCAGUCAAGGCCAAUACUCUGGACACUGGCUAGGAGACAACAGGAGUCACUGGAAGGACAUGUACACCUCGAUAGCAGGUAUGCUAACCUUUAACCUCCUGGGUGUUCCCCUGGUGGGGGCUGAUAUCUGUGGCUUCAGUGAGCAGACUGAGGAGGAGCUGUGUGUCCGCUGGACUCAGCUAGGAGCCUUCUACCCUUUCACACGCAACCACAACUCUAUCGACCAGAAGCCUCAGGACCCCCCAGCGUUCAGCCCUCGAGCCCGUUCAGCCAUGAAACAGUCUCUGCUGCUCCGCUCCUCUCUGUUCCCUCUGCUCUACACGCUGUUCCACCGCGCACACACACACGGACACACCGUCGCUCGCCCUCUGCUGUUCGAGUUCCCCAAGGACGUGAGAACGUAUGGGAUAGACAGACAGUUCCUAUGGGGGAAGAGUUUGAUGGUGACACCAGUGUUAGAUCCAGGUGUGGACUUUGUUGUGGGCUACUUCCCUCAGGGUCUCUGGUACGACUACUACACGGGUGAUUCUGUCCGUAGUAAAGGAGAAGAGUUGAGGCUCAAGGCUCCUCUAGAGCAUAUCAACCUUCACCUGAGAGAAGGAGCUGUCAUACCUACACAGCGUCCCAACACAACCCUGUUUGUGAGCAGUGGCCAGCCGCUCCACCUCGUGUCCAGUCUGUCUGAAGACGGCUCGGCCGGAGGAGAGCUGUUCUGGGACGACGGAGAGAGCAUCGACACCUUUGAGACCGACCAGUACGCUCACGUAGUGUUCACUGUGGUGAAGAACACGAUGACAUCGGAGGUGCUGCACGACCACGUGGAGGCUUCCUACAUCACCGUGGAAACAGCCUCCUUCUAUGGCGUGAAGGUGGAGCCUACCAGGGUUACGGUCAACUCCCAUGAUGCGGCAUUCACCUACAGAGCCAAUCAGGUGUUGACUGUAACAGAUCUGGGACUGAAUCUCAGUCAGAACUUCACCAUCCGUUGGAUCUAGCAGCUUUUCCCCCAAAAAAUGGAGGAAUGUUUGAUGGGUUUUUCCUUCCCUGACGGUCCCUGCAGCUUUACGCCCCACGGCCGUGACCCAAAUGGCACCCUAUUCCCUAUAUAGUGUACUACCAGGGCUCAAAACACGCUCACUGUGGGACACACCAUGUGUUGCUCCGGGUGGAAUUGAAUCCUGACCUGAACCAUUAGAUACUAACCUAGGACCAGAUUACCCUCCUACAAUCCUGACCUGAACCAUUAGAUACUAACCUAGGACCAGAUUACCCUCCUACAAUCCUAACCUGAACCAUUAGAUACUAAUCUAACCACUGAUCUAGGACCAGAUUACCCUCCUACAAUGCUAACCUGAUCCAUUAGAUACUAACCACUGAUCUAGGACCAGUGUCUAGGACUGGGUUCCCCAACUGGUUUCAUUUGACCCCCUCCCAAGUUUUCUGAGCAUAUUUUUUAUUUUUUAAUUUUUUAAUCAAGACAAGAUAUUUCAUUUUUAUUGUUAGACAUUAAAAAAACCUGCUAUUUUUAUUUUGUAAAUGUGUUCCCAGGUAUUCCCAGGCAUAGUAGAGAGACACGUGAUUGUAUACAAAUGUUUGAAACAAACAAGGUUUGAAAUUAUUGUUUUCGUCAAAUGAUUUUAUCUGUUUGUUUGGGCUUGUUGCAGUGAAAUUACAGUUUACAAAUGAUUUGUAAUUAUUUUCCGGACCCAACUAUCCGCUCACAAAACAUAUUGGCCCAUGGCUACUACUUCCUUCCUGUCUGAGUCUAGUUGAUGAUCCCUGGUCUAGGGAGCUACUUCCUCCCUGUCUGAAUCUAGUUGAUGAUCCCUGGUCUAGGGGACUACUACUUCCUUCCUGUCUGAGUCUAGUUGAUGGUCCCUGGUCUAGGGAGCUACUUCCUCCCUGUCUGAGUCUAGUUGAUGAUCCCUGGUCUAGGGGACUACUACUUCCUUCCUGUCUGAGUCUAGUUGAUGAUCCCUGGUCUAGGGGACUACUACUUCCUUCCUGUCUGAGUCUAGUUGAUGAUCCCUGGUCUAGGGGACUACUACUUCCUUCCUGUCUGAGUCUAGUUGAUGAUCCCUGGUCUAGGGGACUACUACUUCCUUCCUGUCUGAGUCUAGUUGAUGAUCCCUGGUCUAGGGGACUACUACUUCCUUCCUGUCUGAGUCUAGUUGAUGAUCCCUGGUCUAGGGGACUACUUCCUCCCUGUCUGCUGAAACUGUGCCAAAAAAUUGUCUGUCCCAAAUACCACCCUAUUCCCUAUAGUGUACUACUAAUGACCAGGGCCCUUGUAUAUAGGGUAUAGGGUGCCAUUUUUGGGACAGGUAUAGUCUCUGUGAAGCUUUAUAGUGGUGGUGAUAGUAUUUUCCCCCCCAUGUGACAGGUAGGCCUACAUUUACUGAGGCACAGCCUGUGCUGCAGUAAUAUAAAGACAGAAUGGGCUGUAAUUUACCCGUCUCUCGCCGGCUUUCAGGGUCACCUUGUUUUUUUUAAUUGUAAAUAUUUUUAAUUUUUAUUUCCGGCUGCAGAGUUUUAAAACUGCUUGUCACUCGAAUAUCGUUGCUUUAAAUCAUUCAAAAUAUUAUGAAAGGUAUUUGUCAGCCUGCUAAUUAUACGUAAGGCCCUAUUUUAUUAUAUUACCAAAGUUAAAAUAAAAUCAGCUCGCCUCUACGAGCUGCAUGUCUCUUC